AUGGGCCUAGCUGAGCUGAGCACACACAAUGCCUUGAAGUGGCCCGAGAUUGAGAACCCCAGGUAUUUGAGAGAGAACCCUAUCCCCUUGUCUCCGAUAUUCCUCAAAUCCAGCCUGAAGAAUAGCACUGUGACUGAUGAGCAGACCCCAGUUGCAAGACAGGAGAAAGAGGCUGAGAUGAAGACUAAAGUCCUGGAGGCCAAGCACCAGGAGGAGAAACUGAAGAUGCAGCAGAAGCACGACGCAGACGUGCAGAAGAUUUUAGACCGUAAGAAUGGCGAGAUCGAUGAGCUGAAGACCAUGUACAGAGCCAAGCAGAAGGAAUCGGAGGAGAGUGUGCGCAAGCUGGAGAAGAAAGUUCAAAGCGUGGUGCGCGAGUCCCAGGUCAUCCGUGAGAGCAAAGAGAAGCAGAUCGGUGAGCUGAAGAAGAUGUCAGAUCAGUGCACCGACUCCCUGAAAAACGAGUGGGAGAAAAAGCUGCACGCGGCGGUGGAGGGCAUGGAGCAAGAGAAGUUUGACCUGCAGAAGAAGCAAACAGAGAACAUUCAGGCGCUGCUGGAGGACACCAACCAGAGGCUGGCCAAGAUGGAGGCUGAGUAUGGUGCCCAGACACAGGCUACCGAGCAGACAGUGCAGGAGCUGGAGCUGCGUGUGAAGCAGCUGUCAGUGGAGGUGGAGAACGGUAACGUGCUGAGGCAGAAGGUGACCCAGGAGAAGGGCCAGCUGGAGAUCCACAUCGCCACCAUCAGCUCUGAGCUUCAGGAGGCCAACCGGCGGAGGGUGUCUCUGUUGAGGGAGAAGGAGCAGCAGAGUGAGCAACAUGAAGACACACUGCAGAAGCUCCAGACCAAACAUGAGACUGACAUCAGCCACUUCCAACAGGAACACACACUCUCCGCUGCUAAGGCCUCUGAUGUGAUUGAGGACCUGGAACAGACAGUGGCUCAGCUCAGACAGCAGCUACAGGACAGUGAGCACAGGAGACUGAAACAACUCAGGGACACAGAGAAUAAACUUCAACAAGAGAAAGCAGAUCUGCAGAACCACUGUGAGAAAAAGGUGCGUGCCCUACACAACGAGGCGGAGAGAGAGAGAGAAGAGGCCAAGAAGAAGAUCUCCAAACUUGAAGAGUCACUGAAGUGAGUAGCAAAACACUGUAAAUUAAAUGUCUGUUUUCUUCUUUCAUUUCAUCACUACUUGGGGACUUGCCAUUCAGUUUGGUUCAGAACACAUCAGAAACAUGGGAUUUGUUCACACACAUCACCAACCCACAAACCCACAAAUCCAGCAUAUGAAAAAUGUCUCACAACGAGCCAACACAGGCUUCCAUCCAUGCAAUUAUACAAUGAUACAAUCCCCCCAAAGUCACUGA